AUGGUUUUUGCCCGGUGGUGCUUUCGGCGCUGGCUGGAGACGAGACCCUUGAUCCCAGCCUACCUGACGGUCAGCAUUGAGCCGCUGCCGCCCGUGGUGGUGGGAGACGCUGUCACCCUGAAAUGCAACUUCAAGACGGAUGGGAAGAUGCGGGAGAUCGUCUGGUACCGGGUCACCGAUGGUGGCACCAUCAAGCAGAAGAUCUUCACCUUCGAUGCCAUGUUCUCCACCAACUUCUCGCACAUGGAGAAUUAUCGGAAGACGCGGAAGAGGGAGGAUCUGGUCUACCAGUCCACCGUGCGCCUCCCCGAGGUUCGCAUUUCGGACAACGGUCCCUACGAGUGUCACGUGGGGAUUUAUGACCGAGCCACGCGGGAGAAAGUGGUCCUGGCCUCUGGGAACAUAUUCCUCAACGUGAUGGGUGAGUGCAGCCCCCGGCUGGGUGGGACCAGAGGGGAAAGGGCUGCGGGGGUCUCNNNCUACCAGACGCAGAACUUCACCCUGGUGUGUGUGGUCUCCGGUGGCAAGCCCGCCCCGCUGGUGUACUUCAAGCGGGACGGGGAGCCCAUCGAGGCCACCCCGCUGCCGGAGCCGCCGGCCGGCGCCGGGAGCUGGGCACCCCGUAACCUCCUUCACCGCGACCUGGAUGACACCAAGGUGCCGAAAUCGGCAGUUGCUCCCAAGGGCCCGAAGAUCAUGAUGACCCCAACAAGAGCCCGCGUCGGAGACACCGUGCGAAUCUUGGUGCAGGGCUUCCAGAAUGAAGUCUUCCCUGAGCCCCUCUUCACCUGGACCCGGGUGGGGAGCCGGCUCCUCGACGGCAGCACCGAACAUGAUGGCAAGGAGCUGGUGCUGGAGCGGGUGCCGGCCGAGCUCAACGGCUCCAUGUACCGCUGCACCGCCCAGAACCCCCUGGGGUCCACCGACACCCACACCCGGCUCAUCGUUUUCGAAAACCCAAAUAUUCCCAGAGGAACAGAGGACUCCAACGGUUCACUUACCGGCCACUGCGGCUUCAGACUAGUUUUGGCGCUCACCCUAACAGUGAUCCUGGAGCUAACGUGA